UCAUGAGAGAGAAACACACACAAGACAGAGCUUUGGUUACUCUGUUUCAUCAAGAUUCCAGUUGGUAUAUAAUUGACCCCCAAAUUUUAUAUAAAAUUAUUCAUCCACAACUGCACUUUGCACAUUCUUUAUUCAUAUACCCAAAUUUCAUAUAUUUUUUCUUAUUAUUUCUUUAUUACUCAGUGAAAACAGAGUUGGGUAUUUUAAAAACCAGUAAGAUUCGUCUUAAAGUUUAUAUUUUUCUUCAAUCUUGAUGCAAAUACAAAGUGGGUAAACAUAAAUUUUGAACUGGAAAGUGUAAAUCUUGAUUAUUUUUACUGAACUUCAACAAAAGUGGGGGUCUAGCAUUUGGAUUAUUUGGUCAUUAUUGUGUGCACACAGGCUGUUCGACGAAAUGCCUGUGAGAGAUCACUAAAAAAAAUUGAAUCUUGCAGUGGGAGACUUUGUGUGUGUAUUUGUGUGGUAUGUUAGUGUGUGUUAGAGGUGUGAAAAUUGGGUGAUAUCUGGUGAAGGUAAUAUGUCAUCUGAGGUUGACCAGGAAGAGUCAAGAUCUUUGGCUUUGACUCCAACAUGGUCUGUGGCUACAGUGUUGACCGUCUUUGUUGUUGUUUCUUUGCUUGUUGAGAGAUCAAUUCACCGGUUAAGCAAUUGGUUGAAGAAAACAAACCGCAAGCCGUUGCUUGCUGCCGUGGAUAAAAUGAAAGAAGAGUUGAUGCUUCUUGGCUUCAUUUCUCUCCUUCUUACAGCCACUUCCAGUAUUAUAUCAAAUAUUUGUAUCCCCUCAAAAUACUAUAAUGGCGCAUUUGCUCCGUGCACCAGAUCCGAGGUUGAUGAAGAAUUGGAGAAUAAUGAGCGGAAACUUUUUAUGACUUUUGUAUAUCCUCAGAGGAGAGUUUUGAACGUGUUGAAUCAGAACAAGUGUCGGAAGGAUUACGAGCCCUUUGUAUCAUAUGAAGGCCUUGAGCAAUUACACCGGUUUAUUUUCGUCAUGGCGAUAACUCACGUGUCUUACAGUUGCUUAACGAUGCUUCUUGCUGUUGUGAAGAUCCACAGUUGGAGGAGAUGGGAGGAUGAGGCUCAAGUGGAUCGCCAUGAUGUGCUAACCGAAAUUUCAAGAAAUGACAUUUUUAAGAGGCAAUCAACUAUGGCCAAAUUCCACUCGUCAAAUCCGUUGGUUAGGAAUGGUUGCGUUACUUGGAUGAUAUGUUUCUUUCGGCAAUUUGGGCGUUCGGUUGUUCGUGCAGAUUACCUUACACUCCGUAAAGCCUUCAUCAUGAACCAUCACCUCACAUCAAAAUAUGAUUUUCACAGUUAUAUGAUUCGGUCUAUGGAAGAAGAGUUUCAAAGAAUAGUUGGAGUUAGUGGCCCACUUUGGGGAUUUGUGGUUGCCUUUAUGCUAUUCAAUGUAAAAGGAUCGAAUCUUUAUUUCUGGAUUGCCAUUAUUCCAAUUACACUUGUUUUACUCGUGGGGACAAAAUUGCAACAUGUUAUUGCUACUUUGGCACUCGAGAGUGCUGAAAUUACUCGAUAUUAUACGGAAACGAGACUAAAGCCUCGAGAUGAACUCUUUUGGUUUAAGAAGCCAGAAUUACUGCUCUCCUUAAUCCAUUUCAUUCUUUUCCAGAACGCAUUUGAGCUAGCUUCGUUCUUUUGGUUCUGGUGGCAAUUCGGCUAUAAUUCUUGCUUUAUCAAGAACCACACGCUCGUGUAUAUACGGCUGGUUUUGGGGUUCAUGGGCCAGUUCUUAUGCAGCUAUAGCACCCUACCGCUUUAUGCACUUGUUACCCAGAUGGGUACGAAUUACAAGGCUGCGUUAAUUCCGCAGCGAAUACGAGAUACAAUCCAUGGAUGGGGAAAGGAAGCCCGAAGAAGGAGAAGGCGGUUAGGAAUAUACGAUGACUCGACGACCAUUCACACAGACACAAGCACAGUGAUAUCCGUAGAGGAAUUUGACCACCACGAGCUAGAUGGGUUGGCACCCGCUGAGGGUCUUGAAAUCGAGAUGCAGCCACAUAGUGUUCUAAUGACGGGUGGUUCAGGUUCCCCGCGUGUGGCUAAUGAAAAUUCUAGUCGUGCCGGUGCACCUCUGCUUAGACCUUGUGCAUCUGUGUCUUCUUCGGCUUCACCAAGUUUUGUGCCGGAAAUUGUUACGAGAUCGUCGUCAUUGCCAGUUCAGCGAGAAUGAGGUGAAGAUGGACAGUUUUUACGGUUACUUUUAUUAACUGUUUUAUAUAUUAUAAUAUAUACGGUUAAUAACUUUUACUUGUUAAUAUGUUGAGAGGUAGUACAUAAAAGUUGUGACAGCUUAAAUGUAGAAUUAUAGUUACAGUUUUAUUUUUUACCAUGAGAAGUUAAACCACAUAAGAUUGAAACUUUCCCUGGUCAAAUGAGGAAAGAUACAAUCUUGUGUGCUGUUUUGCA